AUGUUUAAUAAAUAUUUUAUCUAUAUUGCCUUCCUGUUUUAAUUAGGAAACACUAAUAAUACUGUUUUAUUUCCAUAAAAUAGAUUCUCGAUUUUAGGAUAAAAAUGGGUAAACUGUAGUAAUGAGGAGAUAAAUAUUGCAUCGGAAAUUAAUGAAUUUACUCAAAUUUAACAAUUCCCUAUUUCAUAUAAUAAUCCACUAUGUUUGUUUGGCAAAAAUAAAUUUAGUUCAAAUGGUUGUAUGAAUUUCUAUUACUUUAUAUUCAACAGAACUAUAGAUUUUAAUGAUUUGUUGAUAAUACGUAUAGAUGGCAGUAAUUAUACUAUAACUUAAGAAACAGCAACAGAUAAUUUUGUACUUAUAAGGCAUAAACAAUUAUGCUACUAUAAUAAACUUGAAUUUUGGAUGAUAUCAAAAGGUCAAGGUUUAGCUUUACAAAACUAUUUGAUUUUUAUUUAAGAAUCUUAAAAUUUAAGCAGUUAUAGCUAAGUUUUAAAAUAAUCAUUUUUAAAUAUUACAGAAGAAUAUAAUUUUACUUAGUAUAAUUUAUAAACACAAAAUUAAUCAAUCUAUAAUUCUAUUUUGUAAUAUGAUGGAAUACUAUCAUUAUAAAAUAUUCGAUUUGUUGGUGCUUGUUUAGAUUUUGUUUUAUACAAUUAUGAUGAAUAAAUGUAUUGUGAAAAGAUUGAUAUUGGAGGCAAGAUAAAAUUUAAUUGUAAAUUAAAUAUAAGUUAAAUUAAAAAUGUAAGCUUUAUGUAAGAAUAAUAAUAUCUAAUAUUAUCAAAAUAUUCAUUAAGGCUUUUUAGUCCUUGCUUCCCGAAUUUGCCUCAAAGAAUAAUCAAAUUUGAGACUAUUUAACAGAUUUCUCAAUAUAAUUCAUCUUUAAAUAAUUAUAUACAAGAAUAAGAAUUUGGAUCAUAACACCAAAUAAAUCUAGAUUAUGAUUAUUAACUUAAAGAAUCAAAUAAUAAUCAAACAAAUUUUUCAUUAAAAGCAAAGUAAUCGGGAUGUGUGAAUGAAUUUGAAGAGGCUUAGAUUUUAAUAAAAAGUAGUUUGGGGGAAAUAGUAAAUUGCGAUUUAUUUUAAGAUCAGAGUGAUUUUAGUUGUUUAAGUUACAAAGAUUGUUUAUUUACUGUUAAUAUGAGUUUUCAAAAAAAUAUUAGCUAUUUAUUUAAUAUGACAGCAAUUAUUAAAAGAAUUGAUGCAAAUAAUAAUCCAAGUAUUUAAUUUAAUUUAGUUGAUAUUGUUUUACAAGAAGGGAGUCCAGAAUAAGAACCAAGUUAUGAUUUUAUAUUUAUAGCAAUCCUUAUACCUUUGUUUUUUUUAAUACCUUUGAUAUGCUUUCUGUGUUCAACAUUCGUGUUUAAGAUAUCUUUGUAUCACAGAUGGCUUUAAUAUAUUUAUUAUUAGGAGGAGGUUGUUUAACAAAAUUGA